AUGCGGCUUGAGGACACCCUUCUUGAAGACGAAGAGGCGGACGAAGUCACCAAGCAAAUUUACAACAUAAUACAAUCUGAAUAUCCGCUGGAAGAACCUGAUCAUAAGCGCCAUCGAACUGCUUUGGAAUUGAGCCCGGAGCACAUCUUACGGCGCAAAAGGGACCCUACGGAAACGGACGAAGAAUAUCUGGAUCGAAUGGAACGAGUGAAUACCUGGCCGGCAUACAGCACCGCUGCCGAAGCAAAAUGGAUAUGGAGGGCCCAGGUGGUAAUCCGGGCGAUGAAGUUCUUAUGUGACUAUGCAGGCUGCGACUCGUUCAGACCCAAGGUCUUCUACGAGUAUUCGUGGAUUUGCCUCAGAGAAGGUCAGGGCGUCAGGGCCUGGGAUUUUUAUGGUCACCCACCGCCGUUACCGCCGAAGGGACUAACGGAUCAUGAGAAAGCAGAGUGGUAUUAUGAGACAGCCGAAAGACAUCAAGAAAAGAUUCUUGCAGAAUGGCACAAAGGCAAAGAGCUUGAAAUUCUCUCCGGUCAAAUUCGCCUACAAGAUCUCCUGUCACAAACCACGAUUCAGUGCAUCGGAUCAGAUGAACUAAGUACGGGAGGAGAGGGAAGAUGA